AUGACUGCAGCUGGAUGUCAGAGAGCUCACACGGACUGUAUUUCAGCUUGGGGAGUCACCUGUGGGAUGCAAAGGACGCAGCUGCUGCGGGGAGCAUCUGCACCUCCAGCAUCCAGCAUGUCUAAGCCCAGAGAUUACAGCAGCCAGACCUACUCCCCCGGGAGCUCAGGACCGGCCAAGAGUCAGUCCACCAAGAUCAACCCCUCCGGGAAAUCCAGGGAGAAGGACGACAUGGUGGGACUCAACGACAAGUUCGUCAAGCUGAUUGACAAGGUGAAAAACCUGGAGGACGAGAACAAAAAGCUGGACACGAAGCUGAAGAUCCUCAAGGAGCAGGAGGAGUAUGAGGGGAAGGUGGACGACAUCGUAAAGCAGCUGGAGAACGAGCUGGAGCAGCAGAUCGAGACCUUGCUCCAAGACCAGGAGAAGCUGCAGGCCGGGCUGAUCAGGGACCAGGAGGAGGUGGAGGACACCAAGAAGAGGUUUGAGGACGAGUUGCAGAAGAAAGCUGAUGUGGAGAAUGAUUUCAUCAUCACCAAAAAGGAUGUAGAUGAAGGUCACUUGGAGGAAGUAACUCUGGCCCUGGAGCUGGAGGACCUGAUGGGAAAGCUGGAUUUCCUCAGGGUUGGCUAUGAUGAGGAGAUCAAGGAGCUGGAGUCCCUUGUCCAGAACAAGACGGUGAUCUUGCCCGACGACAGCAAGCGGUCUCUGGACAUGAACGAGAUCGUAGAGAACGUCAAGAAUCAGUACGCCAUGGUGGCCAACCGCAGCAGAGAGGAGGCCGAGCAAUGGAACCAGAGGAAGAUGGACGCCAUGGUCCAAACUGCAGGACAACGUGAGCAGGAAGUGCGUGAUUUAAAGAGGGAGAUCUCAGACAUGGUGCGCCACAUCCAGAGGCUCAACAGUGACCUGGAGGCUCUCAUGAGGAAGGAAGAGUCUCUGAGGAAGGACAUCGACGGCGUGCAUGAGGAGGGAAACAACAACUUGCAGAAGGCUCGGUAUGACAUUGCCCAGCUGGAGGAGGCCCUGAGGCGGGCCAAGCAGGACCUGGCCGGGCAGAUCCGUGAGCACCAGGAGCUGAUGAACCUGAAGCUGGCGUUGGACAUCGAGAUCGCCACGUACCGCAAGCUGCUGGAGGGCGAGGAAGAGAGAAUGCAUGGCCUGGUGUACCACACAGGUAUCUAAAAAACAAACCAACCAAUCCAACUCCUUACUUGCACGCAGACACUCACCUACCCAAGAAGCCGCGGGCCCCUGAACCCACCGCCAUCCCGCCUGCGGACCCCGCCUCCAGGAAACGCCUGCUGAUCCGGGUGGUGGUGGAGUCAGGCAGGGUUGUGUCGGAAAGCUCCCAUUACACCGACGAUUGAGCGGGGCUGUCCGUCACACCUCUGCCUGCAGAAAUUACCGGAUAUCCGCAAAAUGUGAAUUCUUACAUGGUAGAAUAAAUGAAACUCCUUCAACCGCAGCUUCUUGGGAGGUUUUUCUGCAGAAUUUGUGCUUGAACUUGGAGAAGUUUAUGUCAGUGCAGUGUUUUUCAGCUUUUCUUAUCAUGUGGUGCUCUUUUGGUAGAAUCAUUGUAUUUUCUCUACAUUUGUGAGCUAAUAAGAAUAAAAUAUUGUCUUUGUGCAACAGAAAA